GCCAGCAGCAGCAGCAGCAGCAGCACUGGUCGGACUGGAGUAUGAGAACUGUCCGGAGAGCAUAGAUGAGCAAAACCUCUGGAUUAUCCGCGCGCUGGAGAGGCCAGAACCGAGCACCGUGGUGGACUGUCUUUAUCUAGUCGUCAAAAGGGAAAAGAGCCACGGGGGGGAAGCAUGGCGGUAGAAGAGGAAGGUCUGCGGGUUUUCCAGAGCGUUAAAAUAAAAAUAGGAGAGGCAAAAAACAUCCCUCCGUACCCGGGGCCAAACAGGAUGAGGGACUGCUACUGCACCGUCAACCUGGACCAGGAAGAAGUCUUCAGGACCAAGAUCAUCGAGAAGUCACUUUGUCCGUUUUAUGGAGAGGACUUCUACUGCGAGAUCCCACGUAGCUUCAGACAUCUCUCUUUCUACAUCUUUGACAGGGACGUCUUCAGGAGGGACUCCAGUAUCGGCAAGGUUGCAGUGAAGAAAGAGGACCUGCAGAAAUAUCACGGCAAAGACACCUGGUUUCAGCUUCAACCUGUCAGCGCUGACUCAGAGGUGCAGGGGAAAGUGCACCUGGAGCUGCGUCUAAGUGAGGUCAUCACAGACAGCGGAGCCAUCAACCACAAACUGGCCACACGAGUUUUGGAGUGCCAAGGCCUUCCUAUCGUCAACGGCCAAUGUGAUCCCUACGCUGCUGUCUCCUUAUUAGGACCUUCAAGGUCAGAAGCAAAGAAGACCAAAGUGAAGAGGAAAACCAACAACCCCCAGUUUGAGGAGGUUUUCUAUUUUGAGGUGACGCGGCCAUUAAGCUAUACAAAGCGGCAGUUCGAUGUUGAAGAAGAAGACGUUGAUAAGCUAGCAUUGAGGGUGGAUCUGUGGAACGCCAGCAACCUGAAGUUCGGGGACGAGUUUCUCGGAGGUGUUCGCGUUCCUCUGCGUGUCUUGGGUCAGGCAGGGGUCCACGAUGCAUGGUACUAUCUCCAGCCGAGGGAGAACGGCGGGAAGUCAGUGAAGGUAGAAGAGCUCGGCUCUCUGCGUCUUAACAUCGUUUACACGGAGGACCAUGUCUUCCCCUCCGAUCACUACACCCCCCUCAGAGAUCUACUGCUGCACUCUGCCAACGUAGGGCCUGUUUCUGCGUCCACGGCUCAUAUUCUGGGGGAGGUGUGUCGAGAGAAACAAGAAGCAGCCAUUCCCCUCGUGCGACUGUUUCUUCACUACGGCAAGAUUGUGCCUUUUAUCAGCGCCAUAGCACAUGCUGAAGUCAACCGCACACAGGAUCCUAACACCAUUUUCAGAGGAAACUCGCUGACCUCUAAGUGCAUUGAUGAGACCAUGAAGCUGGCAGGGAUGCACUAUCUACAAGUCACGCUCAAACCCAUCAUAGAUGAGAUUUGCACAGAACACAAACCUUGUGAAAUCGACCCGGUGAAGCUCAAAGAGUCGGAGAACCUGGACACAAACAGGGAAAACCUUCGUCAGUAUGUAGACCGGAUCUUCAAUGUCAUCACCACCUCUGGCGUUCGCUGUCCCACCGUCAUGUGUGAUAUCUUCUUCUCGUUAAGAGAGUCCGCUGCCACCCGUUUCCAAGUUGACCAAGAUGUCCGGUACACGGCAGUAAGCAGUUUCAUCUUCCUGCGUUUCUUCGCUCCAGCCAUCCUGUCCCCCAACUUGUUCCAUUUAAGGCCGCACCAUCCAGACCCUGCCACCUCUCGAACCCUCACCCUCAUCUCCAAGACCAUCCAGACCCUGGGAAGUCUUGCCAAGUCUAAAUCAGCCAAUUUCAAAGAGUCUUACAUGGCUGCGUUUUAUGACUACUUCAAUGAGCAGAAAUAUGCCGACGCUGUGAAGAAUUUCCUGGACCUGAUCUCCACCUCUGGAAAGUGGGACCAGAAGAGUAUCGAAACACCGAUCAUGCUCAAAGAGGGAUUUAUGAUCAAGAGAGCUCAAGGAAGAAACCGUUUUGGAAUGAAGAACUUCAAGAAGAGAUGGUUUCGCCUCACCAAUCACGAGUUCACCUACCACAAAACCAAAGGCGAGGGCGCUCUCUGCAGCAUUCCCAUAGAGAACAUUCUGGCUGUGGAGCGGUUAGAGGAGGAGUCUUUUAAGAUGAAAAAUAUGUUCCAGGUGAUUCAGCCCGAGCGGGCGCUCUACAUCCAGGCUAACAACUGUGUGGAGGCCCGUGACUGGAUCGACAUUCUGACCAAAGUCAGCCAGUGUAAUCGCAAACGUCUUAGCACCUACCACCCUUCAGCCUACCUCAACGGCCACUGGCUCUGCUGCAAGCUCUCUGCAGACACAGCUCCUGGGUGCUCGCCCUGCACUGGCGGCCUCCCUGCAAACAUCCAGCUUGAUGUAGAUGGAGACAGAGAGACGGAGAGGAUCUACUCCCUGUUCAGCACGUACAUGACCAAACUGAUCAAAAUGCAAGAGGCCUGCGGCAGUAAAUCUGUGUACGAUGGGCCUGAACAGGAGGAGUACUCCACAUUUGUAAUCGACGACCCCCAAGAGACCUACAAGACCCUGAAGUUGAUCGUUUCGGCUGUGCAGACUCUGGAGCAGCAGCACACCAAGUACAAACGGGACAAGUUCAAGAAAACAAAGAUAGGCAGCCAGGAGCAUCCAAUUGGAGACAAGAGUUUCCAGUGCUACAUCCGCCAGCAGUCGGAGAGCUCCACCUACUCCAUCUAGCAGCGGCCCUGUGAACUAUUUCUAUGAUGCCUAGAACCAGCAUAUCUUACUCUGCUGCAAAGAAAUCCAUCAUAUCAAUGCUCCGUGUCUUGUGUUGAGAUUUAAAUCUCUAUUCUCCCUGAAAGUGGAGAACUUUGGAAGCAGGUGAUCGUGGUGAGGAAACAAGUCUCUUGAGAGUUGCUUGUUUGAAUAAUUUUAAGGAAAAUAAGAGUUUUUCGACACACACCAGACUGAAGCUGAGCUGAUGGACUAGAUGGACUUUUCCUCUGCAGUCGCUUAAGGUGCAUCACACUCCAUCUUUGGAGAGCAGACCUCAGAUCAACAAGGAAAACGGAACAGUUCUGUAUGAAAGGAAGGAUGUGAACGAAGAGAUAAUCACAACAUCCAUCUUUUUCAGACGACGAGAGAACAAACAAGAAUUUUCACUGGACAGUUUUGACAGUGACAAACACGCACUUUAAUCGCCUCCAAAUCUAUGGAUGAACAAGCCUCGCAGCACACUUUCAAAAAAGCUUAUUUUAUCUGUUUGAUUUGUAUUUGUGUAUUUUAAUGCUCGUUGAAAUCUUCUGUUGUAUUUCAUUCUAGAAAGAAGGAAGGAAGGCCAACUAUUUUUUUCCCUUCUCAGGCGUUGUUAUACCCAUGAACCUGUUUUUUUCUUCUCGUUUUUUUAUUGUCCCUGACCUCCUCAGGAAGGCUGUGAAGGUCGAGGGCACACAAGAAAGGAAUUGUUGGGACCAAGGACAGCCAAGAGAAGCUCGGUGUUAGCAAUCAAAAGAAAUCACACCACAGACAAUUUUAGCUGCAGUUUUCAAAGCUCAUCACCAAUCUCAAUGUUAAGUUCAGGACUUGGGCAUGUUAUUUAAAGAGUUGCUCGGCUGUAGUUUGAUAUUGUACCCCUAUGAGACCAGCACCAGGGUAAGAAGAAAGAUUUCUCUUUUGUUCUGCUUACACUGAGUCAGACAAACAUGGAUGCCAGUUUCUGGAUCUUCAUUUGAUUUAUCAAGUUGACGCUUCUCUUUAAACUAAGACAUCGUACACUUGAUGGCAGAUUAGAUGAACUUCAUCGUAUUCCCCAUUUGUGACCAAAGAAAUUAGAAUGAUUUGAACCCCAGAACAAAUUUCUAUAUGAAUCAGAACCAGACUGACUCACCCAGGCUUACAUGCUGUAAAUCCACGUUGACUCCCAUAUUCUAUGAAGUAAAAGAAAAGUGAAUGAACAUACAUGUAUUCAGUUGGAUUCUGUGUUUAACCACAAUUUCUAUAAUUCAGUUGUCAAAAUAUCCAAUCAGAAGCCACGUAUUAGUACCCCUGACCAAGCAAUCACAACCAUCCACUUUUAAUGAGCUUUAACCGUAUCCUGACUUUUGAAGGUCCACAUUCAUCAAAAGUAACUAAAUCUGCUUCUUUAAAGAGGUGGUGAUACACGCAGACAUGUUUGUUUCUCUUUGGAAGUAGAAAAAUAAUUCAAUCCAAACUAUCCCGUCAGCUCACACAGCAGUCUAUGUUUUAGCACAGCUCAUUCACAAGGAUAGUUUUUAGCUCAACUUAAUCUUAUAUUUUAACUUGAAUCUAUAUACUAACAUUUUAACCAUUCUUCUCUCCAGUUAGAAAAGUCAAAUGGAUAGCAUGUCACUGGUUGUGUUGCCCUGUUGGCUGCCUAAUGAUACAGUUCCUCUGUUCUGUGAGUUUAGCUCUGUCUUACUUUAACGAGCUGCCCCCCCCUGUAGUUUCAGACCUUUUCAUAAUGCAUUCCUCUGAGAAACUGCCUGCUGUGAAUUUUUACCCCGACAGAAUCUGUUGAAGGUACAGGAUUUAAUGCGUUUCAACAUUUUUCAUGUUAACGUACAUAUCAAUCAGCAUUAACUCUCGCCAAACCAGUGCAUGUGAAAUCUAGUUGUAGUCGCAAUGAUAGCCUCCACGGUCACUUCUGUGCAACUGUGUGACUACAAACCACCACUUUUUUUUUUUGUUUGUAUCGUCACAACGAAAUGGUUAUGUAGCCUCAUGGGUGUUCACAGGACCCUGAACAGUGCCAGUCAUCACUUUUAUAAAAUUCUCUUUAUGAAAAACAAACAAAAAAAAAAAUCAUUGUUAAGAUCUUCUUUUAUAUCUCAACACUGUUUAAAAAAAAAAAAAAAACAAAGACACACAAGCAAUUUAUUCCAAUGUCACAUUUUUUCUUUAUCAAAUAUGUUGCUCUAUGAGGACGUUUCUCAACAGAUCGACUCUGUUUUCUAUCUUUGUCUUGUCAUACAGAUAUCUCGCUGUGUAUCUGAACUGAAUGACUGAGUUUUGUGCAUUUUUGUGAGUGUGCGUUUGUCGGUAUGUGCAGGAGUGAUUGAAAUGACGGGUUGAAUUGCCAACUGAGUAAACCCAGUGUUACGGGUAAGGAAAGGAAGAGUCCCACUUUAAAAAAAAAAGAAAGAGAAAAUCACUGCCUGUAGUUGUAGUAAGGACUAGAAGGACUGAAACAGUUCCUCUACUCUCUCACCUGAUCUAGUGUCUCUCCUUUCCCCUCUUGUAUAGAACCACUGUUCCUUGUUUAAGGAACCUUUGCCAAUAUAAUAUCCCUAAACAUUUGUAUGUAUCUAACACUGUAAUAACAUUGAAACAAGAACAAAAACAGCAUUGCUUUAACAUCUGAACUUUGGUGAGUAUUUGUUUCCACCAGUUACUAACUCCCCUCAGGGUUUAUGAAACUCAGCAGCUUUUUGUUGUUGUUGCCAAAACCAAUCACCAAACGGUUCCGUCUCUCAUCUCUAACUUGAUAAUCAUAUUUAUAAUCAUUUUCGGUUAAACCUUCCCAGAACUAUCUGCUAAGCUGGUGGGGUCAUGACAUUGACAGUAAUGGUGAAAUCCUUCACCAGGAAACCCACAAAGGAAUGACUUAUGCAAUAAUGAUGUUUCAGCAUGCAAUAAUGAACAACCCCCCCCAAUAAGCCCAUCAAAUGAUCGAAAAAACAACGCACAUCUUCAGCAAAAUGCCUCUUCAGAUAAAUGCAUAUUAUAAAGGGAGAACAGUGUAUUUUGUACAAAUAUUUUAAAAGUAUUAAAAUAAGCCUGUUAUAUGUGUACAUACAAAUGUUGAAUGAAUGGUGAAAAUGUGAUGUGUUUUUUUUCUCCUGGAUAACUAAAUGAAACCGAUAUUAAUGCAAA